ACGUAAUCAACUUCAUGGAAACCCUACAAUUUGCCCAUCCGUUAGCCAUAUUUUUAGUGAAUAUGUUAAAUGCUGAUGUGGUGAAUGUGAAUUCUAUUUUUUAAUGACGUGGACUUACAGGUGGACACAUAAAUAAAUAAAAAAUUAUGUACAUGUUAAAAAUAAUUUUAAAUAAUAUUAAAAUUAAAAAAAAUGAGAAAAAAAAAAAAAAAAAAAACUCAUCUCUCUUCUCCUACAUAGCCAACCCUCUCUCCUUCCCGACUCAACCCCACCUCUCAGCCACCCCACUCCCGUCGCCGACCCCCAAACCCAACUCUCUUUCUCUCUCCUUCUCAUGAGACUCCAAUACCUCAAAAUUAAACCACCAUCGCACAAUCAACUUUGCCUAGAAUGAGAAUAAUUCUCAAACAUCGGAAACAUAUCUUUGGUUGGUAGGGAACUAGUCUAGGAGCAAUUUUGAAAUCUACAGCAGAGGGUUCACCUACUUUUCCAUGGCAAUUUUCCACAAUCUAGCAUAUGGGUUUAAUUUCAUUGAAGAAAUUCUCCACUAAUUGCAGAUAACUUGUCUUAUCAGGCACUUUUCUGUUUUGAAUUUUCACAAGAAAACAUCGGGAAAGUCCUCGAUUGACCUUGGUCGCGACCUCCAUUUUCUCCAGUGCUUCGUCAUCGGCUUCCGGCACAGAAAAGUGAAUAAUUCUCAGACAGCGAAAACAUAUCACAAUCAACUUUGCCUAGAAAGAGAAUAAUUCUCGAACAGCGGAAACAUAUCUUUGGUUGGUAGGGAACUAGUCUAGGAGCUAUUUCGGAAUCUACAGCAAAGGGUUCACCUACUUUUCCAUGGCAAUUUUCCACAAUCUAGCAUAUGGGUUUAAUUUCAUCGAAGAAAUUCUCCACUAAUUGUAGAUAACUUGUCUUAUCAGGCACUUUUCUGUUUUGAAUUUUCACAAGAAAACAUCGGGAAAGUCCUUGAUCGAGCUUGGUCGCGACCUCCAUUUCCUCUUGUGCUUCGUCAUCGGCUUCUGGCAUCGAGUGAAUGGCAACUCCUGGAUAUUUUCGAGGAUGGCAGCGGCUGGAGAUUUUCCAGCUUCCUCGUCGGCGAAAUUUCGGUGGUUGUGGACGGCGCGAGCCCUUGGGCCUGGAAGUUGAAGACCCCUUGUCCCAAUGGUAUGCGACGUCAACGUCGGAGUCUGAAUUGGCAAGGAGCAGCUCCAUGGUUGGUGGUUGGGGGAGGCGUGGAUGUUGGGUUUGGGUUUCGGGGAGGCUGUUGAAGAUUUUUUUAUUAUUGCAUUUUUAUUUUUAUUCCUUUAAUAGAAUAUUCAGAUUUUUAUAAAUAUUUGAUUUUAAAAAUUUUAAUUAAUUUUUGGUUCACAGUGAAGUCCACAUCAUUAAAAAAAUAAUUUCAUUUUUGACACGUUAGUCAUUAACAAUUUGGUUAACAGAGAGGAUAAAUUAUAGGGCUUCUGUAACGUUAAUUAUAUACCGGUAAAUGUCUUUAAAAUUGAGUAUGAACUUAUAAAUUACUUUAUAAGUUAGGAAGUUUUAUGUAGUUUGUCCUCAAUUUUAUUGGGAAGAACUCACUUAUAUUACUGAGACAUGAGAUUGGAAUUUAGCUAGCCUACACCACCUUUGUUAUAGAAUUUCUCUCUCGAAUUAAGGACCCCAUUUAUGUUCUGGUAAAUAUUCUUGGUAACAAAAACCAACGACAUCAAAUAGUCUGUCGUUCAUGCUAGCCCGCACCGGCACCGAACACACGAUUCUGCCUCGCGCUUUUGGGGUUUGGAAAAACAAAAAAGUCGAUCAGAAACCGCUGGUUAUCGUGGCGAGACGAAAAAUGUUCAGAACCUGAAAAUCAACAAAUCGAGGAACACGAAGAAGCAGAGAUUAGCAGAGCAAUGGGAGCAGUAACAGCACCAGCGCCAUGGAAGCAGCUCCUUCUCAACGCAAUGGAAUCCAAUGCCCACCUCAGGCACUCUUCCUACAUUCAGCUUGCAACGAUUGCUUGUAAUGGGAGACCUUCAAAUCGUACUGUUGUUUUCAGGGGAUUUCAAGAGGAUAGUGAUAAGAUUCAAAUCAAUACUGAUGGCAGAAGUCGUAAGAUUGAGGAGCUUAAGCAUUGCCCUUUUGCUGAGAUAUGUUGGUACUUUACUGACUCUUGGGAGCAAUUUCGGAUCAAUGGAACAGUUGAUAUUAUUGAUGGAUCAAAUCCCGACCCCAUAAAACUUCAGCAAAGAGACAAAUCGUGGGCUUCCAGUUCUCUUAAAUCAAGACUGCAGUAUUUGGGGCCCCAGCCAGGUCUUCCCAAUCUAAGUGAAGAACCACCCAAGGAAGUCUCCGUAGAUCCUUCUACAGGCCCGGUUGGUGCAUUUUGUGUUCUUGUUCUAGACCCGCAACAGGUUGAUUACUUGAACCUGAAGAGUAACCAGAGGCUAACGUUUGCAUCCACUGGAAGUCCCAAUGAAGAGAAGUGCUGGACUUCAGAAAGGGUCAACCCCUAAACCUCCGCUCUAGGGUUUAACCAGAGGCGAACAUGAAGCACGUCGUCGUUUACUAAUGAAUUAUUCUGUCAAGUCGACAAUAUAAAAAGGAAGAUAUAUUUGUAUAUUGAUGAUUGUAUGAAGUUAAUCUUUAAUAAUUACAUUACAACUUAGAUUCCUGCUUGGCUGCUC